AUGACGACCGGCAUGCUUACCCUAGACGUGAUACCAAGACUAGACGUCUCUAUUAUGAAUGGGUUCGAAAAGGCUCUAUCAAGCCUGAAGCUGAUGUCGAAGUACCUAGUGGAUCACGUGACAUGGACGUCGCUGGUCCCACGACUCAGAUUGUUCGUCAAGCUAGGACGUACCGAUUUCGACCUAGUUGACGGGGCAACCAUAACUACUAAGGACCUUGACGACUUUGGCCUCCGUGACGAGUUCACUAUCACUACUUUGGGACAACUCCUACGUUGGACUUUGAUCGAAGGCCUACUUACUACGUUCGGUUGCUGGGAUGCUGGUACUACCUCCUACGUGCUAGGAGUGCCAAGCCUUCCUCACGAUAAAUCACUGUCUAUCGUCAAGGUUGGACGUCUAAGUAUGAGUUUGCACUACUCCUACUUGCGUACGUUUGCCCUCUAUAAGGGGAUCUACGUCGCCACCUUGUCUGACUACUAUCACGGUGCUGGCUCGACGUAUAUGCUCCACAAACUACAUUCCAACGUCGGCAAGGCCAUGGAUGAUAUCUUUUCCAAGUACGAGGUGGCCAUACAACACUUCGACGUCAGUACUCUCACCGAUGAACUGACGUUGGAGGCUCUACGUGUUGCUGAGCAAAGGCACUAUUUCUAUAAGGGCGAAUGGACGUCUGACGACUCUGGAACUAACGUUGACGUUGUGGUAGAGGAACGUGUAUCUGAUGAUUAA